GAAAGAUGAGAAAGAGUAUGCACUGAAACAAAUAGAAGGCACUGGAAUAUCGAUGUCGGCCUGCAGGGAAAUUGCUCUGUUACGAGAACUGAAGCAUCCAAACGUGAUCGCUCUUCAGAAAGUGUUCCUGUCCCACAGCGACAGAAAAGUUUGGCUCCUCUUCGACUACGCUGAACAUGACCUCUGGCACAUCAUUAAGUUCCACCGAGCCUCCAAGGCCAACAAGAAGCCCAUGCAGCUUCCUCGAGGGAUGGUGAAGUCUCUGCUGUAUCAGAUUCUGGAUGGGAUCCAUUACCUCCAUGCCAACUGGGUUCUCCACAGGGAUCUGGUGAGUUGCUAUAUUAGCUUCACUGCUCCAGUUUCCCUUUACUGAGACGGCAGUCACGGCUUGCACGUUAUCACAAGAAGAGAACUGGUUGUGUUGUGCAUCACGUCAAAGACAGAACCCUGAGUGAUGUUUAAUCAUGUUGGUGGUGAACCCUCCUUUGCACAAUAUAAUCUUAUUUUAUUAA